AUGUUGACCCGGCCGUGUCAACAAGGGUCGCGUGACCAGAGCCAAGGUGGUCGAGUGAUGAGGCUGAUCGGCGACCGCAUCGAGCUUGACUUGCUCUUGGAAUUUGAUGAAUUCAAUUCACCCCUUCCUUAUCUUCUGGCUCUUGAGGUCCUUCACUCCGAUGCCGUGGGCGUAGGAGAGAGCGACAAACACCCCCAGUAA